GAAACUCACACGCUCUGUGUGUUAGUUUAGAACUGAGAGUCCCGCAGGUGAGCGACUGCAAUUCCUGACGAACAGGUCCUCUAUUUUCCAUCAUUAAAUAAGCUCCUUAAAGACCUGCACCAGUAACUCCUCCAAUGUGCAAUGCCAAAAAGUGACACCUGGCCCGGGGGCGUUUCCACUGAAUCAGUGUCUGGGAUGGACAGUGCAGGAAGCUGUGAUAGUGUUCUCAGCAUCAACUCUGGAUUUAGUGAUGAUAGUCUGGAGCACCUUUCCGCUGAGGAGAGAGCCUGUCUCAUGUUCCUGGAGGAAACCAUUGAGUCUCUGGAGGUAGAAGAUGACAGCGGUUUGUCUAACGAUGAGCCUGAUCGCACAUCUAAUGGCCCGAAAGGAAAAACUGCUCAGCGGACGUCCAUCUACCAGAACAGAUCUGAGGAGCUAUCAGCCCACGAGGAUCCAAACAAAGUGAUUGGAAGAGAUCACAAACCAUCUCCGAAGUACCUUGUGCCAACUCCAUUACUCCUUGCCAGUGGGAAUGCCAAGAUAGUCAGCAAACCAAUAGAAAUGUCUCCCAAAGAAGCACCUGUGGCUUUUAUUGAUGCACCUGAUGGGUUUAGAUCAAGCCCUGACCUUCAACAACCUAGACGGACAGUUCCAGAAGAAGUUACUUCAAAAGUAGCAACUUCCAAACCAAGCACUGGACAAUCAAUUGAUGUGGUGGACUUGCCACCAACUUUCAUACCCAAACCUCCAGUUAAAACAAGCUUGCCAAGUGACUCGAAAGCCAAAGAUGGUGCACCUAAGAGUUUGGGUGUCAAGUCUCAGCCGAAGCAGGAGAAAGUUUCCUCAGAGGUGCCGCUGGAGUUCAUUCCUCCACCCUCAGACUUCAUGGAUGAACCAGCGGAGAAGAUAAGCCUCGCUUAUUCGCCGACACCUCCGGUUUACGACGAGCCACCAGAAUGGAUUCCCGAACUCCCCAAAAUGGAGCCCGGUGAAUCCAUCAAGCCAACGAAGAUGACCAAAUCAGACUCAGAAUGUACAUCAAGCGAGCCAUUAUCCCACAAUGUGAUUGAAAACCUACGCAAAAAGGCCUCCUUGAAGAAAGCACCUCACUUGACGCCGUUAAUGGUUGCGCAACAGUCGGUGGCGGACAACCCGAUGACGCCUUCGCCAUCUUCAGAACACAGUCCUGCUGCGCUGAAAGAGUACGGUGAUCCCAAAAGCCCACCGGCAGUGGCGCCCAAACCCAAGAAGCUCCCAUCGAAUAUCAUCCUCAAAAGCCACAAGGACCCAGGGACCACGCAUUCAUUACUUCCUCAAACCGAACGUGCUCAGAUGGAUCCACAAAAAAUCCGAAUGGAGGCUUUGAAAAAAUUAGGCCUGCUGAAGAACGAAGAGACUGAUACAGGGCACAGCGUGUCUCCUUCUCCUUCUCAUUCGCCAACGUUCAAAGCUAAAACUCGUCCUCAGUCAUUUUGUAACCCAACAGAACCCGUUCAGGAGCCAUCCAUACUUUCCAAAAGCCCCGUACCAGAUGACGUGCAUCUACUAGCAGACACAGUAAAGCACCAAGAUGAAAAAAGGCAGGAAGAUUUGCUUAAAAAGCAACUGACAAGAUCCUACGAGAUCAAAACGGCGUCUCUGGAGCGCACCAGGUCUCGAACGGCCGCUGACCCUGCGCUACAGAUGACAAACCCUGAAAGGACCCAAGUUGAGUUGUCGCCAGGUCAGUUACGAAAGAGCAGAGCUCGACCUCCUUCUGCAGGGAGCGCAAAGGACUUUGGCAUUGGCCAUCAGGUUGAAGAUGCAACCAAAUCGCUCCAAGCUGCUGCAGUUCAGCCAGGAAACGACGGGCAAAAGUUGCCUCGCUCCGGAAUAAGCGUGAUGAUCUCUCCGCACGGUAAAAAUGGAGAGAACCGAAGGGAAGCCUUGAAGAAACUGGGAUUACUGAGGGACUAAUGGAUGGUGCUACUGGCCUUUCAAUUUAUUCUGGAACAUUAGCAUUGAAAGGACGAAUGCUGAUAAUAUGGACUUUAACAUCGUUUGUGAUGCUUUUGGUUUCGGCUUGGUGGUCGAUUUGCAUCUUUAGGUACCUGCUUAAUUAAGUAAUAGACACAACGUGAUAUAUGCACUUUCUUCUAAAUUGUUUUGGUAAGGCUACUUGCAUUUUCUGCUCUAUUAUCACUCACUGAGACAGUGUUGGGCGUGACACAUUGCAAGUAUCUCAAGUUACGUAAUCAGAUUAUUUUUUUCAUGUAACUAGUAAAGUAACAAAUUACUUUUAAAGUUACAAAGAAUAUCUGAGUUACUUUUUCAAAUAAGCAAAAGUUACUUUGAUUUCCCAUUUAUUCACUGAUACCUCUCCUGUCUCCAUGUUGAGAGAAAUUGGGAGAAAGUUGCUGAGACACAUUCCUCAGCCCAAGGCUUAUUCAUUUCACUUUUGCUGUUGACAGUUGACAAAAAUAACUAAUGCAUUAAUGUAUUACUUUCAACAGAAAGUACCUAAAUAAUGCAAUUAGUUACUCUUUUGUGGAGUAAUGCCAUAUUGUAAUGCAUUACUUUUAAAAGUAACUUUCCCCAACACUGCUGAGAUGACACGAAGUUAUCAUGCUAUUCUUCUGGAAUGAUCAUUUAUUAGCAAAAUAUCCCACCAUUUGCUUAUUUUAUCUUGCUUUACACUUUCAUAGUGUUGCAGUAUAGUACCAUGGUAUUUUAACUGCUCCACAUGACUAUAAUAUAUGCAUCCUUGUUUUUGAAUCCCUGACCGUAAAUGGCAUUUUCAUUUUGAGAGUUAUUUUCGUAUAAUAUAUUUUGGUAUAUUUAGAAAACAAAUUUUGCCAUAUGGCUAACAAAGCUCUGUUUUUGCUGGACAAACAAGUUUUUUUUUUCUUUUUCAGUGUUGAUUUGAAGACGUUUUCAAAUUGAUCCCAAUAAAGUAGACGUAGCCUAAGAAAAGAAAAUGUAAAUGGAUAAUAUUUUUCCAUAUCUUUAAGAUAAUUAUGGUUUCCAGAUCACUUUCACUUUUUGCGCAAUGUAAAAUGUAAUGUUGCAGUAUUUUCCUCAGGAAAAAAAGAGAAAGAAACAAGAUUCCCACAAGGUGAAUAUUUCGUUAGCCUAUUAUAGAUUCAGAUGAUAUGUUGGCUCAAAUCUCAUCUCAUUUCACAUUUCUUUAUUAAAAAGUGCAAUUUCCAUGAUUUUAAUGACUUAUGAAUAAAAUAGGCUUAUUCUUGUAAAAUAACAUGCUCUGCAGAAAUAUUAACACAUGCCUGUAAAUAAAUUCAUGUAUUUAUGAGGGAUUCUUAAUAAAGAUUUGGACUACACUGAGGAGUUCAAUCAUCUAGA